ACUGCGAAAGCAGGAGAACCAGUCGGCAUCGAGCUUCGCCGCCGAACGAUACGAAAGUACGAGAGACUAAAAUAGACGGUACAAAACGUGUACCUCGCCAGUUUCUGUUCCAAAUUUACCGGAAUACUCGUCUAGCGUUAAGAAACUUAGUGCUCCAUCAGUGAAAACUACUGUUUUUAGUGAUAAAUUGGAUUUGUAGUGAUAUUUGGAUUUGACACAGUGAACUUUAUACUGUUUUGGUGAGAGUUUUUAGUGAUCCUGUGAUAAUUUUGGAUAUUUUAUCGGAUCUGUUGCAUUUUCGUUUUUAUCAACUUAAGUAAGCCUCUCCAACCCUAACAACCCAAUAAAACAACCACGCGCCAGAAACACGGACGAAAUAACUCGCAAAGAAUUAAUUAAAUAACAGAGACGACACCGCAGAAAACGUAAAUUAGUAAAGGAUUAACAGAAAACAAAACUAAAAAGUCUAGAACUAAAAAUAAACUCGCCAUUUAAUAGCGAAAGGUUUUGUCGGUAUGUAAGGUACCAACGACGUAGUACCUAUAGCGUCGUCGUAGCUUGCGUACAAAACUAGAUACUACAUCAUAAGAAAAACGAAGAGGAAAAGGGAAAAAGAGAGGAAAGAAAGACAAAAAAACGGACGAUAGAUCGCGGUACAGCUAUCCUCGGCUUUAUAAUAUACGCGGUGGCGAGCAACAAGUGUUGAGAACAAGCGAGCGCCUCGAGAAAGGGUUCAGUGAACGCAGCUAGUGUCCCAGGUCAUGGACAGCUAGAGGAGAGGAACUGUCAAGAUGGACAUGGAAGAGACGAACGGCAGGCCGGGCAGCGGGCACAGUCUCAGCGUUCUAG